UCAAGCCAUCGUUUAAAGCCAAAAAAGUCACAAGCACGGCCUUUAUACCAUACCUUUUCUCUGUUUCUCUGGUGGUUCUUCUGAGAUGAAAACCACCAUGGAAGAUACCCCCAUGAUUCUGAUGUCAUUUUUGAACCUGAAACUAAUCGAGUUUUGCAUCAGACUCCUGGUUUUUCCUCUCUGCACUGCUUCUCUAUGGCUAAUGGUGAGCAACAAGCAGGUUAACAUCUAUGGCGAGCUAAAAUACGACACCUUGUCCGGGCUGGAGUACAUGAUCAUCAUAAAUGCCAUGGCAAUCGGAUAUACACUUGUUGCAGUGCCACUGUCGUGUCAUAGGAGUUCAGCGAAAAAUUGGGUCCUCUUUACGUUGGACCAGAUUAUAGCAUAUCUGAUGACCACUUCAGGAUCUGCAGCGAUGGAGGUCUUGUACUUAGCUUAUAAAGGUGACAGAGUUGUUUCAUGGAGCACUGCCUGUGAUAGCUAUGGGGAGUUCUGUGGUAAAGCAAAGGUGUCUUUGCUUUUCCAUUUUAUGUCAUUGUUGUGUUUUAUUGUCCUAUCUGGAGCUUCAGCCUAUAGAGUUUUUAGUAAGUUUGAAGCUCCAAAAGAAGUGGCAGAUGAGAACAUGUAAACAUUUCUACUGUAGGUAGAUGAGUUGAUUACUGAAAUCAAUAGUUUUUUUUUACAUGUAGAAA